AUGGCAUCGACUCGACACGUUUCACGGUGGCGGCUGUGUCGACUGCCCGAGGCUUCCACUAGCUCUGAAAUUUCUGUGAACGCUUUGCCAAGUACAUUUGAACCAGUGGCAAAAGUUGCAGCAUCAACGCCUCCUGUUUCGCUGCGGUAUCUCAAUGAGUUUGUGGGCAAAUUACACUGUGCUUCAGCUUUACUAGAACAUGGUUUAUUCCCAGACGCCAAAGAGAUUACAGAGAGUAUGGCCAUGUUCAAUGCCGUUCGACGAUACAUUGAGCCUAGGAACAAAGAAACAAGUCAAGAAACGAAUGGCAAGCACGAUGGAAUUGUAGUUGUUGGAGAUGGCAAUACACCACGCACAGGUGCUAUGUUUGCCUUUCGGAUGCGAGGAUGGACAAGUUAUAGUGUGGAUCCUGCGAUGGAGAACGGAACGAGCGAGCGAUCAAAAGGGUGGACAGAUGUGUCGAAUCUUGUGGUGAUGCGCAACAAAAUUGAGGACGUGCGCAUUACCUUACGAAGGGCGAUUGUAGUACUGGUGCACGCUCAUGUGACACUAGAGCAGGCAUUGAGUGCUGUGCAAGCAGAGCAGAUAUGUGGGGUCGUCACGCUGCCUUGCUGUAACUGGUAUGGUCAACAAGAAUUACUCUUUGGACGUGGCCCCGAUCUAGUGUACGAUGACUUUAGUGUGCUUUCUGAUCAUCGCGAGAUCCGCUUAUGGGUUGGUGACGAAUCUGGUAGCAAUGUUGAUACUGCUCAUGCUGACCUGUCGUUGGUUUCAAGUGUUAUGAAGGGGUGUGUCUGCAAGGAAUAUAUGGCAUUGGGUGACGAGAAUGGCUUCGGCGCAAGUUUUGAUAAGGAUAUGGAUACUAAAAACCUGGUGGAUGAUCUACGAAAAAAGCAUGAUGGAGUGCUCGAUUUUAUCAGCGAUACACUGGCAGAGCUCGUUCUUGAUGUGUCAUUGUUAAGCCGGGAAAAGUACAUGGCAGAAGAGCAAACAAUUGGUAAUUGUUUGCCUUCCGCUGUCGUGUCGAAGCUAAGAUCGGAUAGUCAUGUGCUUGUUUUUGGCUGGCAUCCCCGUCGUUUAGCAGUCCGUUUGCUGCUACGUGAUGGAUACACGAACGUUUAUACAGUUUCGUUGGCUGAUGAGCUUUCAUUUACUAUUGACGACAAUAAUAAACGUGGCAUCAAAACUUUGAAACUGCAGCUCCAAAAGUGCACAAGCAAGUUGAAUAUGGAGUCCGGAAGUGCACAAGAUGGAGAGGAAGAAACUGUACAGCUCCAUCUUUGCGGCUACUUAACUCUCCAGUCCUCUUUUGCUUUAUCUCGCGCUGAAAACUGCUGUGACAAAGAAGAAGAAGAACCGGUCAUCGUGUCAUUUGUUAGUACUGGAGCUCCAGUCCCCCCACUAGCGUGUGUUUUCGAUGCUGGUUUCAUUUUCCGAGGCUUCCGCGGUCGUGCAAAGAAAACUGCAAUGUUUUUUCGCCAUUUGUGUCGUACAUUUGACCAAUUGGUGACAGUUUGCAGCCAUGCCACUGCCAAUCGGAUGCAAAGUCCGUCACUUGUUUGCUUUACACCACGUAAACAAUGGCGGAAAAAGAAAUUUCUUGCCCAUCCGGAUCUCAAUUACAAUGUGCUGUCAAUUACCACAAAGGAACAAACCCAAGGGACGUCCAUAUACGUGUAUUUUUGCGUCCAGCGGCAAAUAAUUCCGGCCUCGGAGUGA